AUGGCUCUAUAUUUCCUGGAGCAGGAUAUAGAUGAAUUUCGUGAAUGCUUCUACCUGUUCGCACAAAGUGGACAGAUUCGUACUUUGGAUGAGUUAACUACUAUAAUGACCUCGCUGAAUAUGAGCCCAACGAUUCACGAGCAUAAAAAGUAUAUGAAAGAGAAAGGUGCAAAGAUGUCGUUUGCAGAGUUCCUUGAAGUGAUGCAUACCCACAGCCGGACUGAAAUUUUACCAGAUGAAGUAUUGGCAGCAUUUCAAGCAGAUGAUCCUGGAAAGAAAGGUGUGUUACCAGCUCGGCAAUUGAAGCAUAUGCUGCUUAAUUGGUGUGAAAGAAUCAGUGGGAAAGAAGUGGAACAGAUUUUUAGAGAAGCAAGUACCAGGACUUUGUGA